AUGUCUGCACCGCCCGAACCACUGCCACAGGUAGUGGUGGCGGAUAUCGAAAAAGUGCAGGCCGCGCCCAGCGACAGAUCGGCAUCCGGGGACGAUGAAGCCAAGGCCCCCGAUAACGUCUUACAGCCAUCCAGUCCCAGACCAAAAUGGUAUCGGAGGCUGAAUCCAGUGCGAUGGCAGACGCCACCACCUGUUCCUGAAGAGCGGUCCGCGUCCAAGGAGUACGGGGCUUCAUUCUUGAGCGUCGUUUAUUUCCAGUGGAUGUCACCCUUGAUGCGGGUGGGAUAUCUGCGCCCGCUCGAGCUGCAGGAUAUUUGGACCGUCAAUCCGGAGCGAGCAGUCGACGUUCUCGCCGAACGAUUAGACGUCGCGCUGGAGAAUCGCACUGCGAGUGGAAGUAAACGCGCCCUUGUUAUGGCAUUAUAUGACACAUUCCGCUUUGAAUUCCUACUUGGCGCCGUUUGUCAGCUAUUUAGCUCGUUGCUACUCGUGUUUGCGCCUUAUUUAACGCGAUACUUGAUCGCUUUCGCCACCGAUGCGUAUAUCGCUGAGCAAAAGGGUCUGCCUGCGCCGUAUAUUGGUCGCGGGAUGGGGUUUGUCGUUGGUAUUACCCUAAUGCAGGGACUGCAGAGUCUGUGCACGAAUCAAUUUCUGUACCGGGGUCAAAUGGUUGGUGGGCAGAUUCGAGCGGUGCUGAUCUCGCAGAUCUUCAAUAAGGCGAUGAAGUUGUCUGGUCGGGCGAAGGCUGGCGGGAAGGCGACGGAGGAAGAAGUGAGGGCUUUGGAAUCAACGAAGGAGGCGCUGAUGAAGGGGGAGAAGAAUAAUGAGAAAGCCGAAGAGAAGGGACAGAAAGGACAACCGAGUCAGAAUCCUAGUUCAACGGUGGCAGGUGAUGGACGAGGGUGGAAUAAUGGUCGCAUCGUCGCGUUGAUGAGUAUUGACGUCGACCGCAUCAAUCUGGCAUGUGGUAUGUUCCAUAUGAUCUGGACAGCCCCGAUCUCCAUCAUCGUCACGCUGGUUCUCUUGCUGGUGAAUAUCGGCUACAGUUGUCUGUCCGGUUACGCGUUGCUCGUUUUCGGCGUCCCCUUUCUCACAUACGCCGUCCGCUUUCUUGUGAAACGUCGCCGAGCCAUCAACAAGAUCACCGACCAGCGAGUCUCCCUAACUCAGGAAAUUCUCCAGGCCGUGCGAUUCGUCAAGUUCUUCGGCUGGGAAAGUAGCUUCCUCAAUCGACUCAAGGAUAUUCGCAAAAGGGAAAUUCGUUCCAUUCAGACGCUGCUUGCUGUACGCAAUGGAAUUCUCUGCGUCUCCAUGUCCAUCCCCAUCUUCGCUUCCAUGUUGGCUUUCAUCACCUACGCCCUCACCAACCACGAUCUGCAGGCCGCCGAGAUUUUCUCCUCGCUUGCGCUGUUCAACUCGCUCCGGAUGCCGCUGAACAUGCUGCCUCUGGUCAUCGGUCAGGUGACCGAUGCCUGGACUGCUCUGAACCGGAUUCAAGAGUUCCUUCUUGCGGAGGAACAGAAGGAGGAUAUCGAGAAGAUUGAGGGGAUGGAUCGUGCUAUUGAAAUUAAUCAAGCUUCGUUCACUUGGGAGCGUUUGCCGUCGGAAGAAGGUGAAGAUGCAGGCAAGGCUAAGAAGUCCCCCGAUGCUAAAGCCGUGGCCCUGCUCAAGGAAGAGGAGAAGGCGGAGAACUCCACCCCCUUAGAACCCUUCAAGCUCAAGAAUAUGACCCUCGAGGUCGGACGAAACGAGCUCAUUGCCGUAAUUGGAACAGUGGGCUGUGGCAAGAGCUCGCUGCUUUCUGCCUUGGCAGGCGACAUGCGUGUGACAGAGGGUACUGUACGGAUGAGCACAACACGAUCAUUCUGCCCUCAAUACGCCUGGAUCCAGAAUACUUCUGUACGAAACAAUGUUCUCUUUGGAAAGGACUAUGAUGAAACUUGGUAUAACCAGGUCAUUGACGCGUGCGCCCUGUCACCCGAUCUUGAGAUUCUCCCUAACGGCGACCAAACGGAAAUCGGCGAACGAGGCAUUACAGUCUCCGGAGGACAGAAGCAGCGUCUCAAUAUCGCGCGUGCUAUCUACUUCAAUGCCGAGCUGGUUCUGAUGGAUGACCCUCUAUCCGCAGUCGAUGCUCAUGUCGGUCGCCAUAUCAUGGAUAAAGCCAUCUGCGGUCUCCUGAAGGAUCGCUGCAGGAUUCUCGCUACGCAUCAGCUGCAUGUUUUGAACCGCUGCGAUCGUAUCGUUGUCAUGGACGAGGGCCGUAUCGAGGCAGUUGAUACAUUCGACAACCUGAUGCGCGAUAGCGAGCUGUUCAAACGUCUCAUGUCGACAUCGCGCCAGGAAGACACAAAGGAAGAUGAAAAAGACGCGGAAGAGGCGGUAGUUGAAGACACCGAGAAGACCAAGAAGACCGAAACAAGUCCAAAAAAGACAUCUGCCAAGCCCGCAGCUGCUUUGAUGCAACAAGAAGAAAAGGCCACAGCCUCGGUCGGAUGGAGCGUUUGGAAAGCCUACGUCCGUGCCUCUGGCAGCUAUUUCAACGCUCUCGCUGUCUUCUUUCUACUGGCUCUUGCAAAUGUCGCCAACAUUUGGACGAGUCUGUGGCUCUCUUACUGGACCUCGGAUAAAUACCCCGGUCUGUCGAUGGGUCAGUAUAUUGGAGUUUACGCCGGACUCGGUGGAAGUGUGGUCGUUUGCAUGUUUGUAUUCUCGACAUACAUGACCACCUGCGGAACAAAUGCAAGCCGGACAAUGCUGCAGCGAGCUAUGACCCGCGUUCUGCGAGCCCCGAUGUCCUUCUUUGACACCACCCCUCUCGGACGAAUCACCAAUCGUUUCUCCAAGGACAUUCAGGUCAUGGACAAUGAACUUUCCGACGCGAUGAGAAUCUACGCCCUGACUAUGACAAUGAUUAUCUCCGUCAUGGUCCUUAUCAUCGUCUUCUUUUACUACUUCGUCAUCGCCCUCGUCCCACUCUUCAUCCUGUUCCUCCUCGCAUCAAACUACUACCGAGCUUCAGCCCGCGAGAUGAAGCGCCAUGAGGCGGUCCUGCGAUCAAUGGUCUACGCCCGCUUCAGCGAAGCCAUCUCCGGAACAGCCUGUAUCCGCGCCUACGGCGUCGAAAACCAAUUCCGCACCAGCAUUCGCAGCUCCAUCGACGUGAUGAACGGCGCUUAUUUCCUAACCUUCUCGAACCAGCGUUGGUUGAGCGUCCGCUUGGACGCUGUGGCUACAGCUCUAGUAUUCGUCAUUGGUGUUUUGGUCGUUACAUCCAGGUUCAACGUCUCCCCCAGUAUCUCAGGUCUGGUAUUAUCAUACAUUCUCGCCAUCGCACAAAUGCUCCAAUUCACCGUUCGCCAGCUCGCGGAAGUCGAGAAUAACAUGAAUGCCACCGAACGAGUGCACUACUACGGAACGGAGCUGGAAGAAGAAGCCCCCCUCCACUUGACAGAGGUAUCAUCCAGCUGGCCCGAAAAGGGCCGGAUUGUCUUCGACGACGCGAAGAUGCGCUACCGAGACGGUCUGCCUCUUGUCCUGCAAGGUCUGUCUAUGGAUGUUCGUGGCGGCGAGCGCAUCGGUAUCGUCGGACGAACUGGUGCUGGCAAAUCGAGUAUCAUGUCUGCUUUAUUCAGAUUGACCGAGUUAUCCGGCGGCACAAUCCACAUCGACGAUAUUAAUAUUGCCACGGUCGGCCUACAUGAUCUUCGCUCCCGCCUAGCUAUCAUCCCCCAAGACCCAGCUCUAUUCCGGGGCACGAUCCGCACAAACCUAGACCCUUUCAACGAACACUCCGAUCUAGAACUAUGGUCCGCUCUCCGAAAAGCCUACCUAAUCGCCGACGAAACCGAAGACCCAGAUACUACUCUUAACCACAGCGGCCCGGGAACCGGAACAACAACCCCAACAACAGGAGACGUCUCCAAAGCACGCCCAACCAACCGUCUAACUCUCGAAUCCCCCGUCGACGAAGAAGGCCUCAACUUCUCCCUCGGCCAGCGUCAAUUAAUGGCCCUAGCCCGAGCUCUAGUCCGAGACGCGCGAAUCAUCGUCUGCGACGAAGCGACUUCUUCCGUCGACUUUGAAACGGAUCAGAAGAUUCAACGGACUAUGGCGCAGGGAUUCCAUGGGAGGACGUUGCUUUGUAUUGCGCAUCGGUUGAGGACGAUUAUUCAUUAUGAUCGCAUUUGCGUUAUGGAUCGGGGUCAGAUUGCUGAGAUGGAUCAUCCGGCUGUUCUGUGGAAGAAGGAGGAUGGGAUUUUUAGGGCUAUGUGUGAGAGGAGUGGGAUUACGAUGGAGGAUAUUUUGUCUGAUGAGUGA